AUGGAUUUGACGUCGUUAAAAAAUGACAUGAAAAAAAAUAUAAAAAAUGAUGUAUUUAAAAAUAUCAGUAUUAAUAAUAAUAAAGUAAAAUUUGAACCAUUUGGAAAACCACCACCAGGAUAUAUUCCAGGUAAAGGGAGAGGAGUAACAGGAUUUUCAGGAGGUGUGAGUAGAGAUGAUACAACAGAUGAUAAAGAUAAGAAUGAUUAUUCAGAUUUUAAUUAUGAUGAAUUUCAUGGAUAUUCUGAAUCAUUAUUUAAAGAUACUGAAUAUGAUGAAGAAGAUAAAGAAGCUGAUGAAAUAUAUGAUAAGAUUGAUUCUCUUAUGGAUAUUCGAAGAAAAAGUAGAAGAGAAAAUAAACUUAAAGAAGAAAUAUCAAAAAUGAGAGCAAAAAAACCAACCAUACAACAACAAUUUAGUGAUCUUAAAAAAAAUCUUGCUAAUGUUACUGUAGAAGAAUGGGAAUCUAUUCCAAAUGUUUUACAAUAUUCAUCUAAACAAAAACAAAAAAAAGUUCAAAAAAAUUAUUUACCUGCUCCGGAUUCUUUAAUUAUGAGUAGAAUUAAUGAAUCUAAUAUGCAUCUUAAUUUUAAUAAUUCUGUAUCAAAUCAAAGUGGUCUUAAGACACCUAUUGGUUUAGGUUAUCAAUCCUCAUUAGGUGUUCAAACUCCAUUAGGUUUAAGAACUCCAUAUGGAUUACAAAAUUCUUUAAGUGGUCUACAAACACCAUUAAUUGGUAUGCAAACACCAUAUAUGAAAAGUUCUUCUUCAUUAUUUGGUAUAGAUACACCUUUAAUAAAUAAUAAUGUCAAAUCAAAUAUGUCUAUUAGUGGUUUGAAUACCCCAUUUACUUUAUCAGGUUAUAAUACACCCCUGAACGCAUCAAAUAUUAGCGGUUAUAAUACUCCCUUGCUUAAUAAUACACACAAAUUAUCAUUAAACGAUCUAGGAGAAGCAAGGGGAACUGUAUUAUCAGUUAAAUUAGAUGAACUUAUAGAUAAUGUAGAAGGUCAGACUGUUAUAGAUCCUAAGGGAUAUCUAACAAAUUUAAAUGCAAGCAGUUUAAUUAAUGAUGCAGAUAUAGCUGAUAUAAAUAAAGCUAGAUCAUUAUUAAAAUCUGUUAUAAGCACUAAUCCAAAACAUGGUCCUGGGUGGAUAGCAGCUGCACGUAUAGAAGAAUUAGCUCAAAGAAAGGAUAAAGCUAAAGAAAUAAUUAUGAAAGGAUGUAUGGUAUGUUCAAAAAAUGAAGAUAUAUGGUUAGAAGCUGUUAGACUAGAAGACAAAUUAAGUGAGGUAAAAAUUAUUCUAGCUAAAGCUAUCAAACAUAUACCAACAUCAGUUAAAUUAUGGUUAGAAGCAUAUAAGAAAGAAAAAAAUGUAGAUGAUAAAAGAAAGGUACUACGUAAAGCUAUAGAAUGUAUACCUAAUUCAGUGAAAUUAUGGAAAGAAGCUAUUUCUCUAGAAAAUGAAAAUAAUGCAUAUAUAUUAUUAAAAAGAGCAGUUGAAUGUAUACCUCAAUCUAUUGAAAUGUGGAUAGCUUUAGCUCGAUUAUGCACAUAUACUGAAGCACAAAAAGUUUUGAAUGAAGCAAGAAAAAAAAUACCAACAAGUGCAGAAAUAUGGAUUAAUGCAUCACAAUUAGAAGAAAAACAAGGAAAUAUAAAAAUGGUAGAUAUUAUUAUUAAAAGAUGUAUAGAAAAUCUAUCUUCAAAAAAUGUUAUCUUUGAUAGAGAUAAGUGGAUAAAAUUUGCUGAAGAAUGUGAACAAUCAAAAUUUACUCAUACCUGUGAAAGUAUUAUAAGAAAUACUAUGCAUAUAGGAGUAGAAACAUUAAAUAAAAAAAGGAUAUAUAAACAAGAUGCUCAAAAUUGUAUUAAUAAUAAAUCGAUACAUACUGCAAGAGCUAUAUAUAAUGAAGCAUUAAAAAUAUUUAAAUCGAAAAAAUCAUUAUGGCUAGCAUUAGCAAAUUUGGAACUAGCUCAUGGAAAAAGAGAAGAUGUUGAUGAGGUUUUACAUAGAGCCGUACAAAAUUGUCCACAUUCAAGUGUUCUAUGGCUUAUGUUAGCUAAACAAAAAUGGUUAAAUAAUGAAAUCGAUAAAGCACGUGAAAUCUUAGCUGAAUCCUUCGUACAUAAUCAAAAUGCAGAAGUGAUAUCUCUUGCUGCUAUCAAAUUAGAAAGAGAAAAUAAUGAAUUUGACAGAGCUCGAUUUUUAUUGAAAAAAUCAAGGGUCCAAUGUAAUACUCCUAAAAUAUGGAUGCAAUCUGUUCAACUGGAGAGGCUAUUAAGAAAUUAUAAAGAAGCCAAAUAUUUGGCUCAUGAAGCGUUAAAAAUACACAAAAAUUUUGAUAAGCUGUAUAUGAUAGCUGGACAGAUAGAAUUAGAAAUGUAUAGAUAUGCUAAUGAUGUAGAACUAAAUGAAACAAGUGAUAAAGCAUCUAUCAAUAAUGAUCAUGAUGAAAGCAAAUUAGGUGAUAUGAAAGAUAAUAAAAUUAAUACCAAGGAUACAACAACAAAAGGUUAUGGUACCAAUAAUAAUGGAAGUAAUAGUAACAGUUGUAUGCCUAAUGAUAUUUCCAAAGAUAUUUCUAAUGAACAGAAUGGAGGUAAUAAAAAUUUUAAAAACAAAAAGGAGGAGGAAUAUAUUAAUUUAGAUAAUGAUCCAUAUAAGAAUGCUCAGAAAAUAUACGAAGAAGGUUUAAAAUAUUGUGCGUCAUCUAUUAAUUUAUGGAUAUGUGCUAUCGAUUUACAAAUAGAAAAAAAGAAUUACACAGGUGCUAGAGCUUUAACUGAGAAAGCAAAAAUAAAAAUCAAGUAUUUAAAUUCUUUUAAUAAUAAUAGUCAUAUUUUAAAAAGUAAAGAAAUUAUCGAAACGAAUGAACAAAUGUAUGAUACACAUGAUGAUGAAUAUAAUAACUUAAAUAAAAAUAUGGAUGGUUCGAAGAGUGUCAAUAAUACAGGUAGUAAUAUUUCUAAAUCUAAAAAUGAACUUGAAAAAAAAUCAUCAGUUAAUAAUAAUGCAUAUGUUAAAGUAAUCGAGAAUUAUGAUUUAUUAUGGUUAAAACUAAUAGAAAUAGAAUUAUGUUGUAAUAAUAAAAAUUUAAAUCCUAUAAUAUCAGAAGCAUUGAAAGAAUGUCCUUCCUCUGGUAUUUUAUGGUCAAAAGCUAUAGAACUAGAAAAUAAAAAUUUACAAAAUAGUAAAUCAGUAAGUGCUUUUAAUCAUUGUGGUAAUAAUGCCUAUGUUAUAUUAGCAGUCGCAAAAUUAUUCUGGAUCAAUUUUAAAAUACAGAAAGCUAGAAAAUGGUUCUAUAGAGUAAUUAACUUAAGUCCUCAUUUUGGAGAUGGAUGGGCAACAUUUCUCGCAUUCGAAAUUGACCAACAAAAUGAAAUAAAUCAAAAGGAUAUAAUAAACAAGUGUAUAAAGGCAGAACCAAACAGAGGCUAUUUGUGGAACAAAAUUACAAAGAGAGUAGAAAACUGGAGGCUGAAAUAUCCACAAAAAUUAUAUAAAUAUAUUAAGGAUUUAUAUCCUCAUGUUUUAAAUAAAAAAAUUUCAGACCCAAUUUGGAAAAUUAUUACCGACGAAAAUGUAGAUACUAGUUAUUUGUUAACAAAUCAAGAAAAGGAUACAGAAAAAAAAGACGAAUGUAAUGAAUCUGUUGAAAAUGAAAAGCAAUAUCAAGAAGAAACAAAUGAUGUUGAGGAAGAAGAUACAGAAAAGGAUUCAAAGGAAGACCAUAAAAGUGAAUCAAAUGAAAAAGAUACAAUGAAAAAUAAGAGAAAAGAUAUAGGAACUAAUGAAGAAGAAAAAGACAAAAAAAAAAAGAAAAAAUAA